GGGUGGACCAAAAUGACUGAAAUGCAUCUGAACCGAGGAGAACAGGGACUAAGCAUUCUGACGCUGACUGAGGGCCUUGGGGGCUUGUUCUAGGGCCCGCUUAUCGUCACCGAGGAGCUGCACUCCAUCAGCUUUGAGACGCAGCUCUGUCAGCCUGGAUUUGUCAUCGACCUGGAGAUCAGCUCCCUACCCAUUGUGGUGAUCUCCAACGUGAGCCAGCUGCCAAUGGGCUGGGCCUCCAUCCUCUGGUACAACAUGCUCAGCAGUGAGCCCAGGAACCUGUCAUUCUUCCUGAGUCCGCCCCAGGCCUGCUGGAGCCAGCUCUCCGAAGUGCUCAGCUGGCAGUUCUCCUCGGUUACCAAACGUGGGCUCCACUCCGAGCAGCUGAGCAUGCUGGGUGACAAACUCCUGGGUUGGGAGGCAGCUGGGAACCCCGAAGGUCUCAUUCCCUGGACCAAGUUCUGCAAGCCUCUCCAUAUAUGGCUCUUCACUUACAGUAGUCUCGAUCUCCACAGCUUUGUGCUGUUCCAGCCCUAAGCAAUGCAUUCCCCUGGAUGUGUAACCCGCCCUGCAGCCCUUUUGAAUGUUGAAAACUGGGAAGAUUCUGUAAUCUUUACUGGGAAUUAAUCCUCUCAGCCUU